GGAGAGCGGCCCAUGGACCCGCGGGGCCCGGCGCCCCAGACUCCGCGCCGCUGCGACGGAGCCCAAUAUGUCGGCCUAGGCCGGGGCGCGACGACGCGGACUGCCGGGGCUCGCGGCCACCAGGUGCCCGAGGGCUGGCGCUGACGGCCGGGCGGUGCGCAGGGGCCCGCGCGAGGCGGGCGGGCGGGGGUCGCGUGGCACCAUGUCGGCUAAGGUGCGGCUCAAGAAGCUGGAGCAGCUGCUCCUGGACGGGCCAUGGCGCAACGAGAGCGCCCUGAGUGUGGAGACGCUGCUCGACGUGCUUGUGUGCCUCUACACCGAAUGCAGCCAGUCGGCGCUGCGCCGCGACAAGUAUGUGGCCGAGUUCCUCGAGUGGGCUAAACCAUUUACACAGCUUGUGAAGGAAAUGCAGCUUCAUCGAGAGGACUUUGAAAUAAUCAAAGUAAUUGGAAGAGGUGCUUUUGGAGAGGUUGCUGUUGUCAAAAUGAAGAGCACUGAGCGAAUUUAUGCAAUGAAAAUCCUCAACAAGUGGGAGAUGCUUAAGAGAGCAGAGACCGCAUGUUUCCGCGAGGAGCGCGACGUGCUGGUGAAUGGUGACUGCCAGUGGAUCACGGCUCUUCACUACGCGUUCCAGGAUGAGAACCACCUGUACUUGGUCAUGGAUUACUACGUGGGUGGCGAUUUGCUGACCCUGCUCAGUAAAUUUGAAGACAAGCUUCCAGAAGACAUGGCGAGAUUCUACAUUGGUGAGAUGGUGUUGGCCAUCGACUCCAUCCACCAGCUUCAUUACGUGCACAGAGACAUCAAACCGGACAACGUGCUUUUGGACGUGAAUGGUCAUAUCCGCCUGGCUGACUUCGGAUCGUGUUUGAAGAUGAAUGAUGAUGGAACUGUCCAGUCCUCCGUGGCUGUGGGCACACCUGACUACAUCUCGCCCGAAAUCCUGCAGGCCAUGGAGGAUGGCAUGGGCAAGUACGGGCCUGAGUGCGACUGGUGGUCCCUGGGCGUCUGCAUGUACGAGAUGCUCUAUGGGGAGACACCCUUCUACGCCGAGUCCCUUGUGGAGACCUACGGGAAGAUCAUGAACCACGAAGAGCGAUUCCAGUUUCCUUCCCAUGUCACAGAUGUCUCCGAAGAAGCCAAAGACCUCAUUCAGAGGCUGAUCUGCAGCAGAGAGCGCCGGCUAGGGCAGAAUGGAAUAGAAGACUUCAAAAAACAUGCAUUUUUUGAAGGUCUGAAUUGGGACAAUAUACGAAACCUUGAAGCACCUUACAUUCCAGACGUGAGCAGUCCCUCUGACACGUCCAACUUUGACGUGGAUGAUGACGUGCUGAGAAACACUGAAAUAUUACCUCCUGGCUCUCACACGGGCUUCUCUGGAUUGCACUUGCCUUUCAUUGGCUUCACGUUUACAACAGAAAGCUGUUUUUCGGACCGAGGCUCUCUGAAGAGCAUGAUGCAGUCAAACACACUCACCAAAGAUGAAGACGUGCAGCGGGAUUUGGAGAACAGCUUGCAAAUCGAGGCCUAUGAGAGGAGGAUCCGCAGGCUGGAGCAAGAGAAGCUGGAGCUGAGCCGCAAGCUGCAGGAGUCCACCCAGACGGUGCAGUCUCUCCAUGGUUCCACAAGAGCCCUGGGCAACUCGAACCGGGACAGGGAGAUUAAGAGGCUGAAUGAAGAAAUCGAGCGCUUGAAGAACAAGGUAGCAGACUCGAAUCGGCUUGAGCGGCAGCUGGAGGGCACCGUGACGCUGCGCCAGGAGCACGAGGACUCUGUGCACCGGCUAAAGGGCCUGGAGAAGCAGUAUCGCCUGGCACGGCAGGAGAAGGAAGACUUCCACAAGCAAUUGCUUGAAGUCUCAGAGCGAUUAAAAUCCCAGACCAAAGAACUGAAAGAUGCUCAUCAGCAGCGGAAGAGGGCCCUGCAGGAGUUUUCGGAGCUCAACGAGCGCAUGGCAGAGCUCCGCUCCCAGAAGCAGAAGGUGUCAAGGCAGCUGCGGGACAAAGAGGAGGAGAUGGAGGUGGCCAUGCAGAAGAUUGACGCCAUGCGGCAGGACAUGCGCAAAUCCGAGAAGCUCAGGAAAGAGCUGGAAGCUCAGCUUGAAGAUGCUGUUGCUGAGGCCUCGAAGGAGCGCAAGCUGCGUGAGCACAGUGAGAGCUUCUGUAAGCAGAUGGAGAGUGAACUCGAGGCCUUCAAGAUGAAGCAAGGAGGCCGGGGGCCGGGGGCUGCCUUGGAGCACCAGCAGGAGAUCUCCAAAAUCAAGUCGGAGCUCGAGAAGAAAGUCCUGUUCUAUGAGGAGGAGUUGGUCCGACGUGAGGCCUCCCACGUCCUGGAAGUGAAAAACGUGAAAAAGGAGGUGCACGACUCAGAAAGCCACCAGUUGGCCCUGCAGAAAGAAAUCUUAAUGUUGAAAGAUAAACUGGAAAAAUCGAAACGAGAACGGCACAGCGAGCUGGAGGAGGCCAUCGGCACUGUGAAGGAUAAGUACGAACGGGAGAGAGCCCUACUGUUUGACGAAAACAAGAAACUGACUGCAGAAAACGAAAAGCUUUGUUCCUUUGUGGAUAAACUCACGGCCCAGAACAGACAGCUGGAGGACGAGCUGCAGGAUCUGGCAGCCAAGAAGGAGUCCGUGGCACACUGGGAAGCUCAGAUCGCAGAGAUCAUCCAGUGGGUCAGUGAUGAGAAAGAUGCCCGUGGCUAUCUCCAAGCACUCGCUUCCAAGAUGACCGAGGAGCUCGAGACUUUGAGGAGUUCCAGUCUGGGCUCAAGAACGCUGGACCCACUGUGGAAGGUGCGCCGCAGCCAGAAGCUGGACAUGUCCGCACGGCUGGAGCUGCAGUCCGCGCUGGAGGCCGAGAUCCGAGCCAAGCAGCUGGUGCAGGAGGAGCUGAGGAAGGUCAAAGAUGCCAGUCUCGCCUUUGAAAGUAAACUGAAGGAUUCUGAAGCCAAAAACAGAGAAUUAUUAGAAGAAAUGGAAAUUCUGAAGAAAAAGAUGGAAGAAAAGUUUAGAGCAGAGACUGGUCUCAAACUUCCAGAUUUUCAGGACUCCAUCUUUGAGUACUUCAACGCCACACCUCUUGCACAUGAUCUGACUUUCAGAGCCAGCUCAUCCAGUGACCAAGAAUCACAAGCCCUAAAGCCAGAAGUGUCCCCAUCAGUUUCUGUGGCUGCUGGCACAGAGCAGCAGGAGGACAUGGCUCGGCCCCCACAGAGGCCUCCCACUGUGCCGCUGCCCACCACCCAGACCCUUGCCCUGGCCGGGCCAAAGCCGAAAGCUCACCAGUUCAGCAUCAAGUCCUUCUCCAGCCCCACCCAGUGCAGCCACUGCACCUCCCUGAUGGUUGGGCUGAUCCGGCAGGGCUACGCCUGCGAGGUGUGCUCGUUCGCCUGCCACGUGUCCUGCAAAGACAGCGCCCCCCAGGUGUGCCCCAUACCCCCCGAGCAGUCCAAGAGGCCCCUCGGCGUGGAUGUGCAGAGAGGCAUAGGAACAGCCUACAAAGGCUACGUCAAGGUCCCCAAGCCCACCGGGGUGAAGAAAGGGUGGCAGAGGGCCUAUGCCGUGGUCUGCGACUGCAAACUCUUUCUGUAUGACCUGCCCGAGGGGAAAUCCACCCAGCCCGGCGUCGUGGCCAGCCAAGUCUUGGACCUCAGGGAUGAAGAGUUCUCGGUGAGCUCAGUGCUGGCCUCUGAUGUGAUCCAUGCCACACGCCGGGACAUCCCAUGCAUAUUCAGGGUGACAGCCUCUCUCUUAGGUUCACCUUCUAAGAACAGCUCCCUGCUCAUUCUGACAGAAAAUGAGAAUGAGAAGCGGAAGUGGGUGGGGAUUCUAGAAGGGCUCCAGUCCAUCCUGCACAAGAACCGGCUGCGGAACCAGGUCGUGCACGUGCCGCAGGAGGCCUAUGACAGCACGCUGCCGCUCAUCAAGGCUGUGCUCACGGCCGCCAUCGUGGAUGGAGACAGGAUUGCCAUUGGCCUGGAAGAAGGGCUGUAUGUCAUCGAGGUCACCCGAGAUGUGAUCGUCCGUGCUGCUGACUGUAAGAAGGUGUACCAGAUCGAGCUAGCCCCCAGGGAGAAGAUCGUCAUCCUCCUCUGUGGCCGCAACCACCAUGUGCACCUCUACCCAUGGGCCACGCUGGACGGAGCAGAAGGCAGCUUUGAUAUCAAGCUUCCGGAAACCAAGGGCUGCCAGCUCCUGGCCACUGCAGUGCUGAAGAAGAGCUCUUCCACCUGCCUGUUCGUCGCCGUGAAACGGCUGAUCCUCUGCUAUGAGAUCCAGAGAACUAAGCCUUUCCACAGGAAGUUCAAUGAGCUGGUGGCCCCCGGACACGUGCAAUGGAUGGCCGUGUUCAAGGACAGGCUCUGUGUUGGCUACCCUUCUGGGUUCUCUCUGUUGAGCAUCCAGGGGGACGGGCCGCCCCUCGACCUGGUAAAUCCCGCUGACCCCUCGCUUGCGUUCCUCUCACAGCAGUCUUUCGAUGCCCUUUGUGCUGUGGAGCUCAAAAGCGAGGAGUACCUGCUUUGCUUCAGCCACAUGGGACUGUACGUGGACCCUCAAGGCCGGAGGUCACGCAUGCAGGAGCUCAUGUGGCCUGCGGCUCCUGUCGCCUGUAGUUGCAGCCCCUCCCACGUCACGGUGUAUAGCGACUACGGCGUAGAUGUCUUCGAUGUGCGCACCAUGGAGUGGGUGCAGACCAUCGGCCUGCGGCGGAUCAGACCGCUGAACUCGGACGGCAGCCUCAACCUACUGGGCUGCGAGCCCCCGCGCCUCAUCUACUUCAAGAGCAAGCUCUCCGGUGCCGUGCUCACCGUGCCGGACACCUCAGACAGCAGCAAAAAGCAGAUGCUGCGCACACGCAGCAAGCGGCGCUUCGUCUUCAAAGUGCCCGAGGAGGAGCGGCUGCAGCAGCGGCGAGAGAUGCUCCGAGACCCGGAGCUGAGAUCCAAAAUGAUCUCCAACCCAACCAACUUCAACCAUGUGGCACACAUGGGGCCGGGCGACGGCAUGCAGGUGCUCAUGGACUUGCCUCUGAGCACCGCACCCACUGCACAAGAGGAGAAGCCUGGCCCUGCAUCCACGGGCCUGGCCCGGCCACAACCUCCCCGGAGCAAGCCCUACAUCUCCUGGCCCGCUUCAGGUGGGGCAGAACCUGGGGUAACUGUGCCUCUGAGGAGCAUGUCCGACCCGGACCAGGACUUUGAUAAAGAGCCUGACUCGGAUUCCACCAAACAUUCAACCCCCUCGAACAGCUCCAACCCCAGCGGCCCGCCAAGCCCCAACUCGCCGCACCGGAGUCAGCUGCCCCUCGACGGCCUGGAGCAGCCUGCCUGUGAUGCCUGACGCCACUGCCCCGCCCCGCCCCACAUCAGUGCCAAGAGGAGCUGAUCAGUGUCGUCCGAGGAGAUGUAGAGUCGUCUGUAGAUAUGAGAAGAAUCUUUAUAUAUAAGGACCAGCUGGGCACCACAUUCUGUGGCGUGGACCAGAUCGCUUGUCUGCACAGCCGUGAGGCACCAUGUUCCGUUUGCACAUGAAGGACCACCGCACACCUCACCCCGCACCGCCAGCCUGGCGCCGGCCUCGCCUUUGGAGGGACGUGGCCUCAGCACCUGUCUCUCUCCUGUUGCUUGAAGCCAUUCCCAAGCCCCUAGGAGAAUAGGAACAAGUCGUGUGUCACCCCAGUGUCUCGAGGCCUGCAGACAGUACAGUGCAGGUUAGCUGUGGGCAGAGGCGAGGACAGUGCAGCCACGUCCCCCUAUGGGAGUCCCAGAUGCUGCUGCCUCCUGUCACCAAGCCAGUGCAUGUCCCAGCAGACCGGUCCUGCACCUGCUGGCUGAGAAGUGGCCCAAGUUCAAGGAGCUCACAGCAGGCACCUGGUGGGUCCACAGAGUCCCUGACACUCCGCACAGGCGGCUGGCCCGCAGCCUGGGGGCACCCUCCUGUAUUGAACCCCGCUCUCUCCUGUCCCGCGUCAAGUGGUCAGGUCUGUGGUCCUGUCUCCUGAGGCGCGUGAUUGACUGUGGCAGCAGACACGGCUGUCCCCAGCUCGGGACAGGCUCCUCAUCCUCCCACCCAGUUCAUGACAUGCACUUGGCUGAGGUGGCACUGAGGGCCCGUGACACCCGUGGUGUCACACGCGGCCCCGGCCUGCCCCACCUGUCCUUCCCGGCCUGUGUCACAGGCCCCUGCUGGGGGUUCUAGUUUUUACUUUUUUAAUGUAAGUCUGAGUCUUUGUAAUUAUUGAAUUGUGAGGACAUUUUUGAGCAAUUUACCUGUCAAUAAAGCAGAGAUGGAAGUUUUA